CCUUGCCCCUGCCCCCACAUACCCCUCCGCGACGUACAUGGACGCCGCCGCCUUGGACUACCCCUCCGCCUCCAACACUUACGCCGGCAGCUCCGCCAACCCCGCUCUCUAUCCCUUCUUCACCGCCGCACCCGCGUUGGACCCGCAGCUCCAGCCUGCACUCGACCAGUAUGGCGGCUGGCCGCAGUUUCUGCUAAACGGGUUGGACACCCUCUCCACACUCGACCCGGGAGACCAGACAUAUCCCUACACCUACCCGCCCGAGCAGUACUCAGACAUGUGCGCGGCGCUCGAGGGGCAGGGCACGGGGAACUACCCGGCGACAUACGCCCACCCCGGUCCCUCCGAAUAUCCGCCCCUGCCCCUGCCCCUGCCCCUCCCCCUCUCCAGUCCCGCCACGCAUGCCGGCCUGCUGGUGCCCGCCAGCUCGUCGCCGCCGGAGACGCGGCUCGCCACGCCCCAUUCCCAACCCGAGAGCCCGGCUGCGGGCGAGCCGAAGAAGCGGCGGAGGAAGGAGAAGGACGAGGGCAAAAAGGCGCCGCCGUGCACGCUCCCCGAGAAGGCUAAGGGCGGGAAGCGCAAGGGCAAGCAGUUCAAGCUCGCCGCGCAUAUCCUCGAGCACGAGUUCUACCCGCAUCUCACCGAGGCGGAGAAGGAGCGCCUGCGCGGCCGCAUCGGCGGCAAGCAGAACAAGGAGCUGACGAUCAUCCGCGCCGAGCGCGAGGGACGGCACUUUUCCGUGCCCCGCGGCCUGCGGUGUUCCAUCUGCGAGCGCUUCGACUAUAAUUGCUUGAUGCUGCGCAUUGUUGAUUACGGGCAUCAUGCCGAGGCGCAUCUCGGGCACUGUGCCGGAUGCGCGGGUAAUGCGGACGCGUGCACGUUCAAGAGCAAUCCGCAGGUACGCUUCGCCGCGUACUCGGCCUAUUACCAGGGCCAGACUUUUGCCUCGCAUGGUAGCCUUGGGCAUGGGACUCGUGUCCAUCCCUACGAGAGCAUUAAUGAGUUCACGCGCGAGCAUGCCAUCGACGAGCGCGGGCCGAUGCGUAUCAAACGUUUGCAGGAAGGAUUGAUGUAAUCAGAAG